UCUUAUGGUUAUCUUCGCCGUCCGAUCUGAGGAGGUUUUUAAUUUGAAAGUUUUUAUCGUGCAGCGAUCACAGAUUCAAGCCGCUGCAGAAAUACACCGAUGUUUUAACUUCUUUAAUAGACACAAAAUCUGUUCCUGUUCCUUCCUCUGGGGAAAUGCGCGUGUGAGUGGGUGUGUCGAGCGAGUUUAAACUUUAGGAUGAGUUAAAGUUUGAUCAUGGCCGUGUGGACCCGCCCGGAGAAACAGGGUCACCUGGACCUGCUGCUGAGUGACCGCUGGGUCCGGGUCACCGCGGAGCUCACGCGGGACACGCUCACCCUGACGGCGGAGGGCGAACCCGGCGGGCCCGCGGGACACUCCGAGCACAGCUCUCAGUUAAGAAACGGCGUUUCCGGUGGCAACGAACAGAACCGAGAUGUUUUUCAGAGCCGCGGGCAAUACGACAGUCAACGGGUCAACGGGUCCGACUCAGAGUCCAGCGGUUAUUGUGACCCGGAUGGGGUUCGGAGGGUUCGGAUAGUCAAGCAGGAGUCCGGCGGGCUGGGGAUCAGUAUUAAAGGGGGACGGGAGAACCGUAUGCCAAUCCUCAUAUCGAAGAUCUUCCCUGGUUUUGCGGCGGAUCAGAGUCGAGCCCUGCGGGUCGGCGACGCGAUCCUGUCCGUCAACGGCAGCGACCUCCGCGACGCCACGCACGACGCGGCGGUGCAGGCGCUGAAGAAGGCCGGGAAGGAGGUGACGCUGGAGGGUAAGCCGAUCACUCGAGCCGCGGGGAUUCUGCAGGCCCGCACGGAGCGCCGAACUUCUCACUUCAACGAAACAGCGUUUUUAUCAUUGAUAAUGACACAAAGUGCGCAGAGAAAUGCUUUACUUCGCGUUACAGCACAGCACUGGGAUGGGGAAUAUUUUCAGGGAUGCUGUGUUUGUUUCAGGCUGCUGGAGCUUCACUCUACGGAUGGCCAGCACACUGUGGUGCUGCGGUGUAAAGACGGGGCCUCUGCUCACUCCUGGUUCACAGCCAUUCACACUAAUGUUGCUGCCCUAUUGCCACAGACGAUGGACCACAUCAACUCUUUCCUGAGCAACCCCAGCGCCAACACACACUGCACACUCAAACACAUCGGCUGGCUGGCAGAGCAGCUGGAGCUGGAUGGUGGGCGGCAUCAGAACAGACGAGUGCUCAUGGCGCUCACAGAGAAAGAUCUCCUGCUGUUCCAGUCGGUGCCAUGGACGCAUGAGAGCUGGACCUCUCCUCUCCUGACACACCCGCUGCUCGCUACACGGCUGGUUCACUCGGGCAGCGUGCACAGCUCUCCGGCUCUGGGUGGAGAUCUGGUGUUCGCCACACGAACAGGCACCGGCCGAGGCAUCGAGUCUCAUGUGUUUCGUGUGGAGACACACUGGGAUCUGUCCACAUGGACACGCGCGCUGGUGCAGGGUGGACAUCUGGCUGCUGAGCUCAUCAAAGAGGUUUCCAUAGGCUGUGUGUUGAACAGACAAGACGUGCGGCUGAUCCUGCAUUAUGACAGAGGGUUCACUGUGAAGCGGGAAUCUGUUGAAUCCGUGCUCUUUCACUUCCCCUAUGAGCGGCUCAAGAUGUCUGCAGACGAUGGAGUCAGGAACCUCUACUUGGACUUUGGUGCUCCAGAGGGCGAGAUGGUGUUUGAGCUUCACUCGGGGCCGAAGCCUGUGGUCUUUGUGCUUCAUUCGUUUCUCUCAGCCAAACUGUCUCGCUUGGGACUGCUCACGUAGAAUCAACAGCAAACGAUGGAGGUUCAUUUACUUCUUUGAUUUAUUGACGGCUAGUAUUUUACUCAAGAAGUGUUUUCAUAGUUUACUUCUCUUCUAGCCAACACAUUUGUUGUGUGAGUGUGUGGCUUUCUAAAGCAGAAAACAAUCCUAGUUUCCUCUGAUCAGGAACACCAGAUGUGCCUUCUCAUCUAGAGCCAACAAGCUUUUACACUCAUUUUCAGGCUUAAGGGUAAAAGCUUUGCAGAGUAACCAAAAUGAACAUAUUACUCUUGUAUUAUCUGUGCUGUUUGUUUUUCACGUAACUCGCCUGUAUUUAUGUUUAUAUGUAUCGCAUGGCAAAGACUGUUACCUCUGUGUGUUAUAAUCUGAAUGAAUGUGUGUCAUUUGAAUGCAAAUAUGGAGAAAAUGAAGCUUUAAAUACAUUCCCUCACGACUGAAGUUAAAACUCUAGAAGGUGUUGAAUAGGAUUGAUUCAGUUUAACUAAUAUUUUGAAAAAAUAUAAAGUAUAGGAAUGUUUUAUUAGUUUAUCUGUUCUCUGCAUGUCAUAAGAAAUACUUUUUCCACAUUUAUGACCAAACCUGCUCCAGGCCUUGAUUUUUUUAUUUAUUUUUUCCCUGCUGUAGUACAUUAAUGCUCGUUAGAUGAGUGUUUAGUCCUUAUUACAGGCUUCCCGCUGUCAUAAAAACCUGGAAAUAUCAGGGGAUUCCAGGAUUGGAAAUGUGAAGGAAAUUAAUGAAACCUUUUUAUUAUUAAAUAAAUCAUGGGGAAAAAGUCCUAUUUCUAUAGUCUAUAUAUAUAUUUUGCUCUGAAGAACUUGGCUUUUUGUAAGUACAAUCUUUAUAAAAUGGCUUUUAAUAAUCCUAAUCCAGUUUUCAGACAAGACUGGAAAAGUCUUGAGAUUUAUUGGUCAAAACAUGUGGGGACCAUCACGUUUUUAGCACUGAUAUGUGGUUUGUCACGGUGUGUAUGUUUUAUGUUUAUCAAUAUAGUAUCAGUAUAGCAUCAGUAUAUAUUCUUUAUUAACAUUUUAUCGUUUUAUGUAAUGCAUGUAAUGCAAACUGAGUUUGAGCACAUGAUCUCUUACAUUAACCCAUGACUUCAGUCACAGGUGCCGUAGUUUAGGAGUUUUUCAGUACUGAAGACAUUCCCUCAUCAGUAUACUGCUUUAGGCAACAUGUACAAUGUUCUAGUAGAAUAAGAAUAUGAACAAUAUGACAAUAUAUGGAGGUAAUGACGUUUUUAAAAUGAGUUGAGCAGUAUUUCUUCAUAACCGUUGCUCAAGCUUAACAGAAGCAAUGUUUCUAUAAUAUGUCUUUAUUUUAGCGUAAGGCUCACUCCACAAGUGAAAUGCAAAAAACACAUGUAUCUGCACAAGGACCACACGUACAACCUCUUUGAUGCUUUAAGUGCCUGUAAACUUUUAUAGUCUAUUGUACAUACUAAUAUCAUGAAUAUGUGAGAUGUUUGGAGCUGUGGUCAGCCUUCAGACCAUGAAUGUACUUUAUAAACCCAGAGAUACAUGCCUCAGUUUCAUUAUUUGUUAAUAGCUUGAUUUUUCUUUAUUUUGAAGAGAAAGGGUUUGAACCAAAGUUCACUUGUGGCAGCUUGCAGCACACAAUCAAAUGCAAAAAAAAAAAAAAAAAAUGCUAAUUUGUUUGUACAUGUAUUAUAACUCUCAAAGCCUGUAACCUGAAGCUAUGCACUGUCUUUAUGUAAAUGUCAUAUAUAAAUA